GUACGUGACGCUGCUCCACCUCUCCUCCUUUUGUGCAGUUGAUUAUUUCCGUGUCGGGCAGGACUGCAACACACAGAUAAUGGCUGUACCUCCCACCUACAUUGAUCUUGGAAAAUCUGCCAGGGAUGUUUUUACCAAGGGAUACGGCUUCGGGCUCAUCAAGCUGGACUUGAAGACAAAGUCUGAGAAUGGACUGGAGUUCACCAGCACAGGCUCUGCCAACACUGAGACCAGCAAGGUUACUGGUUCCCUGGAGACCAAGUACAAGUGGGCAGAGCACGGACUGACGUUCACAGAGAAGUGGAACACCGACAACACCCUGGGGACGGAGAUCACCUUUGAAGACCAGCUGGCUAAGGGGCUGAAGUUGACGUUUGAUUCCUCGUUCUCACCAAACACUGGCAAGAAGAGUGGCAAGAUCAAGACAGGCUACAAGUGCGACCACAUCAACCUUGGCUGUGAUGUUCACUACGACAUUAAUGGCACAGCCAUCCACGGCGCAGCGGUGGUGGGCUACGAGGGCUGGCUGGCCGGCUACCAGGUGACCUUCGAGGCUGGCAGGAAUAGGAUCACCCAGAGCAACUUUGCGGUUGGAUACAAAACUGAUGAAUUCCAGCUCCAUACGAAUGUAAAUGAUGGCACUGAAUUUGGUGGAUCCAUCUACCAGAAAGUGAACAAUCAGCUGGAGACGGCUGUCAACCUGGCGUGGACUGCCGGAAACAGCAACACCCGCUUUGGCAUUGCUGCCAAGUAUCAGAUUGAUCCUGAUGCAUCCUUUUCUGCCAAGGUGAGCAACUCGAGCCUCAUCGGCCUGGGCUACACUCAGACUCUGAAGCCAGGUAUCAAGCUGACACUGUCUGCUCUCCUUGAUGGCAAGAACAUCAACGCUGGUGGCCACAAGCUUGGUCUAGGCCUCGAGUUCCAGGCGUAGGCGGAGGAGGCAGACACCCUUCCAGUCCUCCCAGCACACAUAUAUUUCCCACUAAAAAAAAAAAAAAAAACUUGAUUGAUUAGCUAGCCCUCACAAAACCCGUUUCCCUUAGCCGUGCCACAGCUGGAAGCAAGACAGCGUAAAGGUUAAAUUAAAUCAUCCUUGUGAUGAUCUACCAGUCUUAAAGGACCACUUUAAGGGAACAUUGUUUUGAAAAUACAGAGACCACUUCAGAACAAAACUACAACCAUGUAACAUAGUUUUAUCUUGAAUUGUGUAGCUUGGAAGGGGCAAGUAGCCUUGAGUACAAUUAUGUCGGUCUCAGUCAUUUCACUACAUUCAUACAUAAUACUUUCAUUUGUGUCUCUGCUUUUUAAUUUAGAUAAAAGGGAAAAUCAAAACUAGAUCAGCCCAAAAUGCAGAAAGGGCUGGAGAGAGUUGAUGUACAGUUGCAUCACAACACCAGCAGAUGGUGCUGUUGCAUAGCACAGGUAAGCACUCCUGGUUCCGAAGGUGUAGCGUUGUGUCUGUCGGGAGGGUUAGUUGUCCCUUGAUGUCAUUAGCUCUGAGGCACCACAACCCAGUGUGUACAUUCUGUUUCCGUCUCACUUGUCUUUUGUGUCAGUGUAUUUGGUGUGAAUUAUGUAUUUUGUUAUAUAUGGCAAAAGAUAUUUUAUUGUUGGUCUUACAUAGUUUAAUCCAUCUCUGAAGUCUUAUAAAGGUGAAGACCUGUUAACGAACAAACUAAGGGAAACCUGUCAUUCACACAAUUGAAACUGCUGGGUAAAAGUUACAGUAUUUCUUUAAAGGAGGAUGAAAAGAAUAAGUGGACAGAUCUUCCACAACUGGUUAUGGAACUCGUGCUUGGUAUAUCGGACAGUUUUGUCACUCCCUGAAAUAAAGAACAACUUGAACCAG